CUCUCUCUCUCUCUCUCUCUCUCGAUCAGUGUCAUGCACAUAUUUAUUCUAGUAGUUUUUUGGUUGGACACAUUUUGCUUGGUGGUGUGAAGGGGUGGGGAGAGUAGAAGGAGAAAGGGAAAAAGGAAGGAGGACCUGUGAGAGGAAGAAUGGGGUUUGGCAAAGGAAUGAACGAGUUCACACAAGGUGUUGGUUUUCAUUCUUCUACUGCUUAAGAGGAGGAGAUAGGAAGAGGUUAUUGAUAUGUUCUCUCUUUUGUGUCAUAUCCACUGGUCUUUGUUCUGCUUCUGACCCCUUCUCUCUCUCUCUAUACCAGUUUUGAGUGCAACUGUUUACUUGGUUUUCCAGCUCUCUUUGUUGUUUUACGAAUCUAGGCGGACAAAGAUUUGGAGAGGUCUUUGGCAAAGUUGUCUGGUGGGAAAUUCAGGUCACUGACUUGUACUGGGAGUUUGGGGGUUUCCUCACAUCUUCCCUUUCUUUUUGGAUCCUUUCUUGUCCUUGAGGAUUGGGAGAAAAUAAUGGUUGGAAAGCGUGGGAAGAGAUAGGUACAUAGCUAGAUAUAUAGAGAACACAAAGGAAGGGGAUCAGCUUUCAUGGUUGCAUGUUGGUCAGUGAGAAUUUCUACUUCUGUUUCGGUUUGGGCUUGUCGGUGUUCACAAAAGAUCCAGGAAGAAGAAACAAGAAGAACGCCAUCGGAAGAAGAAGAGAGGUGUUGUUGCUUUCGUUGUUCUUGUGGCUAUUUUGAGGUAGGAAAAUGGCAUCAGCCUCGUCGUCGUCACCCUUCUUUGGUGGGAUCAGAGAUGAGGAGCUCCAAAAGCAGAUGAAACAACAGCAGCAGCAGCAGCAGAAAUCCUCUGCGACGGUGCCGGCUCCCGCUGCAGCUUCAGAGAGGAAGAGAAGGAACCAACCAGGAAACCCAACAGAUCCGGACGCCGAGGUGAUUGCUCUGUCGCCGACGUCGCUACUGGCGACGAACCGCUUCAUCUGCGAGGUCUGCAACAAGGGGUUCCAGCGGGAACAGAACCUGCAGCUGCACCGCCGGGGCCACAACCUGCCGUGGAAGCUCCGGCAGAAGAGCAGCAAGGAGGUGCGGCGUCGCGUGUACCUCUGCCCCGAGCCGACCUGCGUCCACCACCACCCCUCGCGCGCCCUCGGCGACCUCACCGGCAUCAAGAAGCACUUCUGCCGCAAGCACGGCGAGAAGAAGUGGAAGUGCGACAAGUGCUCCAAGCGCUACGCCGUCCAGUCCGACCUCAAGGCCCAUGCCAAGACCUGCGGCACCCGCGAGUACCGCUGCGACUGCGGCACCCUCUUCUCCAGGCGUGACAGCUUCAUCACCCAUCGGGCCUUCUGCGACGCCCUGGCGCAAGAGAGCUCGAGGCCACCCACCGCCGGCCUCCACGCUCUCGGCAACCAUCUCUACGGAAACCCCACCACCAUGGCCUCAGGCCUGUCUCAAGUCAAUGCCCACCUCUCUUCGCUGCAAGCCCAAAGCCAUGCGCCGACCGACCUUGUCCGCACCGGAGGAGGCCCUGGAUCACAGCUAGAACACCUCAUCUCCUCUGCGACCCCGUCGUCGUUCCGACCACCUCAGGCUCCUCCACCGUCUGCUUUCUACCUUGAUAAUGGCUCCACCCAGGAGUUCAAUGAGGAGCACCCGCCUCACCACUCUCUACUUCAAAGUAGACCACUCCAUGGCCUGACGCAACUCCAUGAUCUCCAAUGUAGCAGCACCAUUACUUCUUCCACCUCCGCUGCCGCCACCGCCGCCAGUGUCUUCAACCUUGGCUUCUUCUCCCACAAUAGCAGCAGCACGAGCAGUAUCGGUAACAGCAACAGUGGCGGCAACCAAAACAACCAGAUGCUGAUGGCCGACGGAUUUAACAGUGCCAACGGAAGCACUGAGCCAGCGACACUCUUCUCGGGAAACCUUACGAGCGAUCACUUCGUUGGAGGAACGAAUUCUCUCUACAACACCUCGAUGCAAAGCGACUUGAUGCUUCCGCAGAUGUCAGCCACUGCAUUGCUUCAGAAGGCGGCUCAGAUGGGCGUGACGACAAGCGGCGGACCCCCCUUACUGAGAGGGUUUGCCAGAUCUUCUUCAAGCAGGUGUAGCUUCAGUGGGGACGGCGGUGAUGACGGAGGCGGCCUGCAAUAUCAAACGGAGAACGAAGCUCACCUCCAAAACCUGAUGAUGACGCUCGCGAACGGAGGCACCGACCUCUUUGAUGGUGCCGGGGGGAGAACGGCAUUCGGUGGAAGCGCCAUCGCCGGCGGGCAUCGACAGCAGGCUGGGGGAUUCCGCGCGCUCGACACUGGACUGUGCAUUAUGGACGAGACUAAGUUCAAUCCUUCGGGCGUCAGAAACCUCGAGGGCUCCGACCAGCUAACGAGGGACUUUCUGGGAGUAGGCAGCAGAGUGAGGAGCAUCAGCAGCGGAAUAACUCGGCGAGAACCGAUAUGAUCAAGUCGCAUUCCUCGAGCCGGUCCUUCGGUCGUGGGUGCUUGGAACGAGGAAGAACAUCAUAUGAAGAGGAAGGCCGAGAGAGAAAAAAGAAGACGGGAACGUGUAGGUCACAAUGGGAGGUCGCUUUCGGUGGAUGUUUGAUUAGCACGUAUCAUCAUAUCUCUUACAGAUACACGUACUUAUUUUUUGUUGUGUUUACGUAAUCAGAUAUAUUAUGAAUAUGCAAUAAAAAGAAAGCUAAAUUAUAAUAAAA